AAGUUAAGUUGUUAUAAGACUGCUACAAUGGCAUUCUUCCAAAUCUCCUUUCCUCUCCUCUUCAAAUUUCCAUGGAAAACAACAUCGCCACCAAACAGGCAAAUCUGCCUUCAAAUUACGUGACUCUGGCUCAGCUCCAAGAACGGUGGAUAAAAGAACAGCAGAGGAAACAAAAGGAGAAAGAACAGCAAGAGGAACACGACCACAAGAAGCUUCACAACGAAGUAGCAGAGCCAGGGCACCUGUCACCUUUAGUGUCUGUGUCUGUCUCUCCUCCAUCAAUUCAAAGAAAUUCCAACCGGAAAUCUCAUCGCUGGAAUUUAGUUGGCACAAAUGUCGAGGAAUCGAAGGCUGUGUCGAUUGCUGUUCUUGAAGAAAACGUGGAUGAGAAGAGAGAAGAAAUGAAAACGAAGAAGAGGAGCAAAUGGAAUGAGAGGAAGGAGAAGAAGAAAGGAGAAGCCAGGGCACAAGAGGAGGAGGGGGAGGUGACGGGGAAUUUAAUUGGCACAAAUGUCGAGGAAUCGAAGGCUGUGUCGGUUGCUGUUCUUGAAGAAAAUGUGAAUGACAAGAGAGAAGAAAUGAAAACGAAGAAGAAGAGCAAGGGGAAUGGAAGGAAGGAGAAGAAGAAAGGAGAAGCCAGGGCACAAGAGGAGGAGGGGGAGGGGGAGGUGAGGAGGAAUUUAAUUGGCACAAAUGUCGAGGAAUCGAAGGCUUUGUCGGUUGCUGUUCUUGAAGAAAAUGUGAAUGAUAAGAGAGAAGAAAUGAAAACGAAGAAGAAGAGCAAGGGGAAUGGAAGGAAGGAGAAGAAGAAAGGAGAGGCCAGGGAAAAAGAGGAGGGGGGGUUGACGGGGAGUGGGGCGCAAGCGCUGCUAGUGAAAAGUGAGAAGAAUAAUGUUGGAUGUGAGCGAAAGAGGGAAAUGCGGGUGGAGUACAGGGCAAAGGCUGAAAAAGCGGCGGAGGAGAAUAAUCAGACGGUGGAGAUUGAGAAAGAAAUCGGGGAUCUUUCAGUUGAGAGAGAGAGUGAAAAAUCAAAGACGCCAAAUAAGGUUAUUAAUGGUAGAAUUAGUAAUAGAGAGUCUAAAGACUACAAUGGCUAUGCUAAUAGAGGUCAUUGGAAUUACAGAGGUUAUGAUGAUGGUGGUUAUCGUGGUAAUGGGCAGUAUAGGGGAGGUUAUGGUAGGUUUAAUGGAGAAAAUGGGCGGUAUGCAGGAGGGCAUGGGAGUGGAUAUGGACAGUGGAAGGAGAGACAUAAUGCAAAGGUUUGGAUGAAGAAAGAAGAGGUUGGUGAUGGUGGUGAUAUGGCUAGGAAUCAAAGCUCGAGUGUUUCUUCGAAGGAAUUGGAGUAAUUGGAUUGAGAUCGUGAAUGUUUGAGAGUUGGCUAUCGUUAAGCUAGUUGAUUGCUGGGUUUGGGAAUUGGUCUUAUACGGGGCAGUGGAAACAUUGAAGCUGUGAUGCUGUAGAGCCUGUAGUGAAGGAAUGGCAUAUCGGAUACUUUAUUAUAAAGUUCGAAUUGUGUGAAAAUUAUAUGGAACAAUGAGGGGUAGUUUGAUAAAAAAAUAUUAAGGGAUAUGAUGUUUUGAAGAUAUAGAUAGUUUACUUUGUCUUAGGAAUGAUUAUAUAUGUGACUUGUUUAAGGUUCCAAGUGCUUUUCUGAGUUCCUCGUCGCAGAAAAUGUUGUCUGUGACAAAGGGAUAAAUCAUAAACAUGUUUCACUUUAGUAUUAUUAACAUUUUCCAACAAUAGAAUUUGUGCUUUCUGAUA